CCGACUCAUCGAUUAAGUCACACAAACUCACAAGAAAUCGAGAAAGGUACUUUGCUCAAUCUUCGUUUCUCUUGUGGAAUUUGAUCUUCUUUGGUGCUGAUUCUUAAUUGAGCAAACUUGCUUCACUACUCUAUUACACGAAUCUGGAUCUUAACAAUGGGUGAUCAAAAGAUGGGAAGUCAGGAGAAUGUGAAACACCUCGAGGAAUGCACUGUUUCCAAUGCACUAGGGACAUGGGUAUUCUCAGUCCUAGGAGCAUUGGUUGCAAUCCCAGUGGGCAUCAAACGCAAGUCUCUAGGUCCACUCGUCUUCUUUGGCACAACCGGAACAAUGCUUGACAUCAUCAUUGGUGUGAGUCAAUGCGAGAGAGAACAUGCAGAACACCAAAUGAAGUUACUCCAAGACUCUCAAGAUGCCACAACAAUCACCAGCACAGAGACUGAGGAUAGUUCUUCGAUGUCCUAAUCUUCUUGCAUUAGUUUCAAUAAGAGUACUAUGAUGUAAUUUUGAUGUCAUUUACAAGUUACACUUGUUUCAAGAUAUUGUGAUUAUUCCAUGUGCUUUGAGCAAAACAAAGACGCAAGCUUUUGAUGA